AUGUUCAGACCUUUGUUUCUCCUCACCGUGGCUGUACGCGUAGCCUUGGGAUUUGUUGUCAAUAAUGGAACAUCAUGCUAUGUAUUUCCAGAGUCCAUCUCCCACUCCGGCCAGCCAGUCGAUGAUACUCCCUCCAUUCUCCAGGCUUUCGAUCUUUGUGGCAUCAACGGCAGCGUUAUCUUGACCAAUAGUACCUUCUACGUUGACCAGGUUAUGAAUACAACUAACCUGCUAAAUUGUGACGUCUCUCUGUUGGGGGAAAUGAUUUGGAGUACCAAUGUGCCUUAUUGGCUCUCGCAUAGCUAUGACGUAGUCUUCCAGAAUCUUUCCACGGCCUGGCUGUUCGGUGGGACCAACGUGACCUUUAAAGGCUAUGGUCAAGGACGCUUUAAUGGCCAGGGACAGGUGUGGUAUGAUGAGAACAGAAACAACAGCAAUCAGCCAGGUCGACCCAUUGCAAUUACGUUUUACAACUCGACAAACCUUUUCGUCGAUGGUUUGACGUGGUCACAACCCCAAUUUUGGCACUCCUUUAUCUCUCACUCUAACAACGUCACCGUCACCAAUGUCCACAUGAAUGCAACCAGCGAUGAUGGCAACAUCACAGUCAACACAGACGGAACCGACACUUGGAACUCCCGGGACAUCAAACUACAGAAUUGGACUGUGCAGAAUGGCGACGACUGUAUUGCAGUAAAGGGCAACACUACAAAUCUUUACGUAAAUAAUGUGACUUGCUAUGGCUCAGGAGGCAUGCCCAUUGGGUCUGUCGGGCAAUACCCACAAAAGCCGGAUUAUGUCGAAAACAUCCUCUUCGAGAACAUCGUCCUUCACGACUCGUCUAGUGCUGCCUGGAUUAAGACAUGGCCAGGAAGGAAUGCACCUACGACGAGCAACGGCGACAGUGGUGGUGGAGGCAGCGGAUAUGUUAAGAACGUGACUUUCCGAAAUUUUGACUGCAUCAACGUCAGUCAGCCCAUCUAUGUAACGCAAUGCAUAUAUGCGUCCGAUCCGUCAAUCUGCGACACUUCCCUGGUCCAGAUAUCCGAUAUCACGUGGCAGAACAUCAGCGGGACCUCCAGCUACGACGUCGCCGCCUCGAUCCACUGCUCAUCCUCCGUCCCUUGCCCUGGCCUCGAGUUCGUAGACGUGAACAUUACUUCCGUCAACGCUACCAGGGGACUGCGGGAUUCCAACGUUGGUACCGUGGGAGAACGAUAUCUCUGCGCCAACAUCGUAAACGAGAACACGACUUCGGGGAUCCCUUGCGACGGAUGGGCACCGAGUGAUUUCCCCCAGCGACUCACUAUGAAUUAUUAG